UUGCAGUCAGGAGGAUGCUGCGCUGACAUGCGGAUCGGCACUCUCUGAUCCGGAUCCACCUCCCUCCUCCACUGACUGCAGAUCAGCUAACAGAGAGUCCUCUGUUCUCUCUCCACACACCCUCUCCUCCUCCUCCUCCACCUCCUCCUCCACCUCCUCCUCCUCCCUCUGGACCGGCUUUUGUCGCCAUGCCGCCGGCCGCCUGCUCGGUCGGACUCCGCAUCACCUUCCCGGCGGUGCUGUGGAUCGGGCUGCUGUGGAGCUGCGUCUCAGCAGGAGAUAAAGGAGUCCCCACAGCCACCCCCUCUACCCAGUCUCCAUUGGUGACGCCAGGGAGCACAAAGGAAAGCAGCCCCAAAGGCAAAAGCUCCAGUGCGUUGGCUGGAGGUUUGCUACAGUCAGUGCUGACUCAAAAAGGACGACUCGUCUCCCAGAAAGGGGACAUCCUCCCCUCCGCUCUGCCCCAGAACCUGCUCCCUCUUCUGGGCAGAGGACUCAGCGUCAGCUCCCUCCCUGGGAGUCAUUCCCUGGAGCAUCAAAGCGGGGGAUUACUGAGGAGGGUAAAACCCCCAGCAUCAGCUGCAGUGUCAGGCCGAGGCAGUGAUCCAACUGAGCCUCUGCCCACAGACACACACUCCCAGCUGCCUCAUACGCAGACACACACCCCCGAGCAGGAGGCUGAGAUCACCACUGUGGGCACGAUGCUGGAUGUGGACACAGAGACAGGAACACCUGCCUCAGCUGUGUCGAGCUGCAUGGUGAAUUUCUCAGACCCAGAGGGAUACAUAGACUCGUCUGAUGACCCCCCUCUCCCCGACGGCGCCUUCUUACACUGCACCUACACAGUGACAGUGUACACCGGCUACGGAGUGGAGCUGCAGGUGAAGAGCGUGAACCUCUCGGAGGGCGAGCAGCUGUCCAUCAGGGGUGCGGACGAACGAGGCGCCCUGCUGGUCCUGGCCAAUCACACGCUGCUGGUUGAAGGUCAGGUGAUCCGCAGUCCCACCAACACUCUGUCCGUGUACUACCGCUCCACGCCAGAGGGAAGCAUGGGCAUCUUCCAGCUGCACUACCAGAUCUUCAGGCUGAGCUGUUCGCUGCCCAAGAGGCCUCACUUCGGGGAGGUGUCUGUGCUGGACCUGCUCCCUGGGGGCACCGCCCGCUUUCACUGCCACAUGGGUCACCACCUGCAGGGGGAGACGCUGCUCACCUGCCUCAACGCCUCCCUGCCAGUGUGGAGCGGCAAGGUGCCCAGCUGCAGGGCUCUUUGUGGGGGCACGGUGAAGAAUGCUACAGUAGGGAGGGUGCUCUCCCCUUCUCCCCACCACGGGCCUAACGCCACCCAGGACCGCUCCUGCUCCUGGUCUCUGGAGGCCCCCAAGGACCAGAGGCUGCACCUCCACCUGGAGAGACUGGCCUUGGGCCCCACUGACAGGCUGGUGUUGUGGAGCGGGCUGGACGCCGGCUCUGUGGUGCUGUUCGACUCGGGGCGGGGCGGGCAGAUACCUUUCGAGGGAGUGAUCAGCGAGGGUCCGGCCGUGAGGAUCCAGUUCAUCACCGACCAGCCCAACCACAACACGGGAUUCAACAUCCGCUACGAAGCCUUCGAGCGUGGCCACUGCUACGAGCCGUACCUCCAGAACGGAAACUUCACGACCUCAGACCCGCUGUACGGCGUCGGCGCUGUGGUGCAGUUCACGUGCGACCCGGGUCACGCUCUUGAACAAGGGCCUCCUGUUAUCGAGUGCAUCAGUGCGAGGGAUCCAUACUGGAACGACACAGAGCCGCUAUGCAAAGCACAGUGUGGAGGCGACCUGACUGGUCCUGGAGGCGUGAUUCUGUCUCCGAACUGGCCUGAGUGGUACGGCGAGGGCGAGGACUGCAGCUGGAGGAUACACGUCGGGGAGGACAAACGGGUGCUACUGGAUGUACAACUACUGAACAUCAGCGACAGCGACAUGUUGACCAUCACUGACGGCGACGAGGUCACGACUCGUAUCCUGGGGCGCUACGUCGGGGGGAGCAGCCCCUUCAAGCUCUCCUCCACCACCCCUGACCUGACCGUCACCUUCCACUCCGACCCAGCGGGGCUUGUCUUCGGCAAGGGCGAGGGCUUCAUCAUCAACUAUAUGGAGGUGUCCCGAAACGACUCCUGUCCCGACCUGCCUGAGAUCCAGAACGGCUGGAAGACGAUAUCCCACAUUGCACUAGUGCGAGGGGCUCGAAUCACCUACCAGUGUGACCCCGGUUACGACCUGGUGGGACGAGAGACCCUCACCUGUCAGCUGGACCUCUCCUGGAGCUCGCAGCCCCCGUUCUGUGAAAAGAUCAUGUACUGCUCAGAUCCUGGCCACGUGGAGCACUCCACCAGGUCUCUGUCCGACCCUAAACUCUUGGUGGGGACGACCAUUCAGUACAGCUGCAACCCCGGCUUCAUCCUGCAGGGCGGCGCCACCAUCACCUGCUAUGGCCGUGAACCGGGGACCCCUGUGUGGACAUCUCGCCUCCCUCACUGUGUUUCUGAGGAUUCGGUUUCCUGUGAAAACCCCGGUCUCCCUGACAACGGCUACCAGAUCCUGUCCAAGAGGCUUUACCUGCCCGGUGAAUCACUCACCUUUGUCUGUUACCAAGGCUACGAGCUCAUUGGAGAGGUUGCAAUUAAAUGCAUCCUCGGAAACCCGUCCUUCUGGAGCGGCCCACUCCCGCUGUGCAGGGCCAACCAUGACUGCUUUGGCAACCAUGCUUUGGAAGUUGCAGAAGCGACUGCUGGCUCCACUCUGGAUGGAGGGAACAUAGCGCUGUCCAUCUUCAUCCUCGUUCUUCUGCUGUCCGUGCUCCUCGGAGGGGCUUACGUCUACGUCACACGGUGCCGAUAUCACUCCAACUUAAGGCUUCCUCUCAUCUACCCCCACCCCUACCGACAGAUCACUGUGGAGACAGAGUUUGACAACCCGCUCUAUGAGACAGGAGGAGACACUCGUGAAUAUGAAGUAUCGAUAUGAGAAGCCUCGCAAAAAGACAUUUCUGAACCGAGACCGACCGCCCCGUCCUAACUCUUCAUCCUCUCCUCCCUCCUUCUCCGUCCAGGAGGAGGCGAUGUAAAUACAAAUAUAUGAUGUCCAGCCCCUUCUGCCAUGAGGCGCGGUGACUGACCCUGUUCUCUCCUCCUUUGACGUGACAGCUUCUGAAAACAUGAUGGGAAAAUAGGAGAUGAAACGCAGAGCAGGAGAGGGAGGUAGACGAGUCUGUGUUAAACCCGUGUGGAUCAGUGUCGCUGGGAGAUGAUGGGAGAUGGAGGACGGAGGGUAAAGACCCAAAGAUCAUCUAACGUGGUGAGAAAAGAAGAGGCGUGGGGUGUGAAAAAGAAGUUAAGGAGGGGAGAAGGGGAAAGAGAGGGGGACGGGACACAGUAUGAGGA